CGGCUCCUUAACCGGAAGUAAAGUUUCCGCGAGCUUGUCACUUCUUCUCGUUACCUGCACAGACGACGACGCGAGUGGACCCUCAUUGAAGUCGUGAUUGUCUCUCGAGUAAUAACAUUUGCAAGCCAGCGGAUAAUUUCCUCCCCUGACCUUCUUUCUGUGUAACUUUUGUGACGAGAGAACACCGCCAAGGUCGACGACAAACAUGUUGUUCGGUUGCUUGGUUUCGAUCCUUCUGUUGACGUCUGUAGUAACAGGUGUGAGUGGUUUUACAGUAACCACGAGCAAUGCUAACGUACAAGUUAAGGAAAAUGAAGGGGUUGACCUUACAUGCUCUUAUUCAAAUGACUUUGGUUCAAAUGCCCGGGUUGAGUGGAAGUUCAAGGACCGUACAGGUUCACAGAAAUAUGUAUUUUAUAAUGGAAAUCCCACUGGGGCAUAUUCCAACCGUGUAACAAUGUAUGGCAGCAAUCUGAGAUUCAAUAAAGUGACCCGCGAGGAUAAUGGAGUGUAUGACUGUGAGGUGUCUUUAACCGAUAGUCAGUUUGAUGAGGCCAGAGUGACGCUCACAGUUCUCGUGCCUCCGUCUCCACCACUGUGUAGAGUUCCCACCUCAGUGACAACUGGAAAAAAGGCCUUGUUGACCUGUCACGAUGGAGACGGCUCCCCCUCUUCCCAAUACAAGUGGUACAGAAAUGGCAUCCCUCUGCCACCUGAACCGAGCAAGAUUUCGGGCUUCCAGAAUUAUACCUAUCGGCUGAACUCUGUGGCUGGCACUUUGGAGUUUCCUUCUGCCAAAAAGAUGGAUGCGGCCGAAUACUACUGUGAAGCUUCAAACAUCGCUGGUCCUUCUCAGCGCUGCAAAGCUUUGAAAAUGGAAGUCCGUGACGUAAACACAGGAGGCAUUGUUGCUGGGGUAAUUGUGGCUCUACUGCUGCUCGUCCUACUUGCUGUAGGAAUUUGGUACGCUCACAAGAAAGGAUAUCUGCCCAAAAUAACUGACAGGUAAGAGGAAUUUGCCAAUUUGUUGCCAUUUGAUGCAGUGGAUUGCAUCAGAUAAUCAAUUUCAACAUCUAAAGCAUUUAUUUUUUGGAUGUGUGAAAUGUUCUCUUGUCUUUCAAAUGUGUCUUUCAGGACACAAAAACCCAAUGUGGUCUACCAGCCCCCUUCAGUGUAUGGUGGUGAGGAUGAUGAUGGGGAUUUCAAGCAGAAGUCAUCUUUUGUGGUAUAGCCUCCAAGCUACAGCCUGGUUUGAACUGUGUUUUUCUUUUUGAUGUUUUGUAUACAAUGAGUUGUCAAAGAGAAGUAUGUUGAUACAUUUAUUUAAUCUGUUUCAUCUGCUGUACAUCAGCUUUUCAAGUUUUAAACAUUCAUUUAGAAGAAAUAAGGACCUACAGGAAAAUAAUUCCAUACCAAGUUAAAUAGUGUCUGUAAUGUUACUAAGCAGUCCAAGGAUUCUACGGACCAAAACUCUUUGGAUUUUUGGAGUAUGCUCCUGAUUGCGUUUUUAAUUAAAACUUGCAAAAAGUCAUUUUAAUAUCAUGUCAACUUUAAGCUUUUGAAACUGGCUGUUAUUACCAUUCUUUUUGAAAACCUGUGUACCAAGAAGGUUUUUUUUUGUAAAUAGUCUUUUUUUGUGCUAUAAUAGUAUAAAUUCUUCUCCUUGACCUUUCUUGGAAUAAUAAAAAGAAAACUUAAAGAGGUUGUUUGCAACCUUUACGCAGAUGAUAUGGAGACAGCUAAGUUUCGAGAAUGUUGUAAGCAUUAUAGCCUUCCAUCUUUUGGCUUUUAGCAACUAAUGAUGUAAGUGCGCCUGUAUGUAAAAAAAUAAUUAAAAAAAAAAAAAACACACACGGACAUUAGCUUUGAGUGUGGUCAGCUAAUGAUAGUGAUUUAUCAAAGUUUAGCUACUGACGUUAGCUGUCAUGUUAGCUAUCAUUAAAUGUAUAUUCUAAUUGAAACAUACAACAAGACCACAAAUUGUUAAUUGCUUUUCAUGGACUGCUUUUGUGUGUGGAUGUGUGCUCCCUUUGUGUACGUGUGGAGGAGAAAGUGACAAGCCUAAGUGCCGGACAAAUUCCUAAGGCCAAGAAACAUUUUAGUAAAUCGUAAUUGUGAAAAACCUAGACACUUUAAAGAAAAACAAUUUUAUCCGUUGGCAUUUUUGUGUUAUAUUUUUAUGGUUAAUUUUUUUUUUUUCUUUGAGUAAGUUGCAAACAGCCCUUUUAAGUGAAGGUGUGACUGACAUACUUUGUAACACAUAUAUCAACAUUCCAAUUACAAUACUGUAUAAUGAACUAGAGAAUGAACUGAACGUAUAAUAUAGUUGUUCCGUAUUGCUCUUUGUGUUUGCAGUUUGGGAACUAGAGUACAUUGGUUAAACUAAUGCAAGCAGGGUAGAUGCAGUGUUUUUCCAGCAUAGUGCUUUUAUUGCCUGUUAAAGUUAAUACAAUUACAUCACUGGAAAGUGUGAAUUAAUGCUGUGGUUUAACACAUCCAAAGAAAAUCUUAACAUUUUUAUAUUUUCUUUGUUUUGGAUGUUUUACCUCAACUUAUUUUUUUGAUUUGGUUGUUUAAUACUUUUUGUAGUUAAUCUUUCAGCAAUCAUGUUUUUUACAGCGUCAACAUAGAUAGACAUUGGUUUAUAUCAUGCAUUUAUUCAACAUCUAAUAAAGUACUAUAUUUAUUUGGGAGCCCUAAUGUUGUUUUUUAAAUACUGUAUGUUGCUGAGUUUGAAACUUCUGAAUCGACCUGAUUAUGUAACAUUUGUAUAUUCUUAAUAAAAAUGUGUCAAAAAUUA